AUGGAGAUCGAAAAGCCUGCGUCGCCUAUUGAGCGAAUCGAAAAAUUCGAUAAGAUAAUAGAUGAUGAUGCUUCGUCAAUUCGAUCAGCUGCGCGUGGAGAUGACUUACCGAAGGGGUAUUUCUAUUCUGUUGGGUUUCUCGGAGCGGUAGCCGGCUUCAGUUUAUCGACUAUUUCGGCUUUCAUCUUUUUGCUCUUACCAACAAAUGUAUUGACAUACAUUAACGCAGAUAUCGGUCCUAGCUCCUACAUCUCGUGGGUCAACAUUGCUCGAACACUCGCUUUAUCUUUCACAUAUACGAUUCUUGGACGACUUUCAGAUCUCUUCGGGCGACGAUGGUUCUUCAUUGGUGGCAAUAUUGUUGCCCUCAUCGGUAUCAUUGUCUGCUCAGUUGCCCAGAACGUCGACACUUUGAUCGUUGGUAGCGCCGUCUAUGGGUUGGGUGAGACUGUCCAACUGAGUUUCAACGUGGCUAUCGGUGAAUUGGUGCCCAACAAGUACCGACCAAUUGUCAUAUCUUUGAUCUUUGCGUCGAACGCACCAAUUGCUGGUAUUGGUCCUAUGAUUGCUCGCGCGGUGUUGGAGAACCCUAACUUAGGAUGGAGAUGGUGCUACUACUUGAACAUCAUCGUGUGCUCGGUAGCUAUUGUGUUACUAUUCCUCUUUUACCACCCGCCAAAUUUCGAUCUCCUACACGAGCGAAAGACCAAGAUGCAAUUACUUAAGCAACUCGACUACGUUGGAAGUUUCCUAUGGACAGCUGGUCUGACUCUGCUUCUGAUGGGUGUGAGCUGGGGUGGAAGUAUUUACCCUUGGAACUCGGCCGCGACGAUUUCUUCGAUUGUUAUUGGAGUGGCGCUUCUGGUUGUCCUCUUCAUCUAUGAAGCAUAUGCAAAGCUCGAGUACCCGGCUAUCCCCGUCCAAUUCUUUGCCAACCGAGGCUUCAUCAGUCUUGUCGCUUGUGCUACGGUUGCAACUAUGUCGUACUACUCUGCAGUUCUGUUGUGGCCCCAGCAAGUUAAAGCUCUUUAUACCUCAGAUAUCACCUACGGUGGUUGGAUUUCGUGCACGGUAGCUAGCGCCACCGCUAUCGGUCAGGCAGUUGGUGGAUUUUUCGUGAACAUUGGCGGCAACGUUCGAUACUGGAUCAUUUUCUCGACUUUCUGCAUGGUCGCAUUUGUCGGUGCUUGCGCUUCGCUUACCCCCGAAACCCUGAACGCCGGAAUUGCGUUUACGAUGAUCGGUCCGUUUUUCGUCGGUGUUAUCGAAGUUUUCGCGCUGGCGUUGGCCCCUCUAUUCUGCAGACCUGUUGAUAUCGGUCUUGCGUCCGGUUUACUGGCGUCUAUCCGUGCGGCUGGUGGUUCUAUCGCAGUGGCUGUUUACAGCAGUAUCCUGACCAACCGCCUGGCUUCGACAGUGCCCGCUAAUGUUGGCCCUGCAGCGAUUGCUGCUGGCCUUCCUGCGGAGAAGGUCCCUUCGCUAGUCGCAGCUGUUCUAAGCAGUAAACUCGCUACAUUCCCGGGCAUUACCCCCGCUAUCACACAGGCUGUCGCUGGAGUCUUACCAACAGCUUAUUCGCAGGCCUUCAAGACGGUGUACCUGGCAAGUCUUGGAUUUGGAGGUAUUGCCAUUAUUGGUUGUCUCUUUUCCAAGGAUGCUAAGAAACAUCUCACCGACACCGUCCACCGUAAGAUGCAUGGAAAGGCGACUGGAAAUGGAAGUAGUUCGGAGUCUGUAUCGGCAUGAAGAAAGAGGAACGAUAUAUGUGGUUGCGAUUGAUGAAGAAAAGAUGAGAUGUCGAACCGAUUGAAUUGAUACGAUUUGAACGUGGCGACCCUACCUAAUGCUCUAGCGGUAUUUCUCCGAGAGAUGAUACCAAGUUGUACAUAUAAUAAGAUAUCCGAUUGAAAUAUAAACGCGAUGAUAUUGGCAUCGAGAGGAAAGUUGUUGUCAGCGUUAUUGAUGAAAAUGAGAAUGGACGGUUGUUGUAUGAAUGAUGAUUGAGAGCUAAGGG